AUGCCCAAACCUAGUGCCUUCGUGCUCCUGCUCCUAUUCCUCCUUCCUGUGGUCUCCUCCGAAUGCCAGACAGGCACGGCUGCUGCCUGCAUGAAUGCAACCUUCGUGCCUGGGCACAACCUAGUGGGGGAGGGGAUUGAUGUGACCACACUGGGCCUGACGGGGGCCUACUUGGUGGAUACCAGCCAGUGGCGCGGCCCGAAUGGCACCUGCACCCUGUGCCGGAACCCGCUGCAGGGAGGGCAGUGGCAGAGGCUGCCACUGGCUGCGGUGGACUGGAGGGUCCGAGUCUCAUGCCAACGAAAGCUCAGCAGCUCGGUGCAGCAGUCGGCCAUGGGCAUGAUGGAGUUAGCAGCGUCCGUGGUGCAGAACGACUGGAAGGUGGGGCUGAAAGUGCCCGUGGUGCCCAAGGUUAAUGUGCAGGUGGGGCUGGCCGGCUCACGCUCCAAACUGGCCGAAUUCGUCACGCAGAAGUCACGGAAGGACAAAUACACCUUCAUAAGGCAUGAGGUUUCCUGCCAAUAUUAUGGGUUCCGGGUCAGCGAGAAACCUCCACUCACCAGCCAUUUCACCCAGGCGGUGAAAAACCUUCCCAGCCUGUACAGCAAGACCUCCAAGCCAGAGUACCAACAUCUGAUUCACACCUACGGCACCCACUAUGUGUCCCAGGCAUCGCUGGGGGGCCGGGUGCGGGACGUGACUGCGGUGCGGGUCUGCCAGGCGGCGCUGGAUGGGCUGACCGUCAGCGAGAUCAGGGACUGUCUGAGCAAGGAGGCGGCCGUGAAUAUUGGGGUGGCCUCAUUGCAAUUCAGCUUCAGCAAGUGCAAGGAGAAGAAAAAUAACUUGAAAUUCCAUCAGAGUUUCCACGAGAUGUACCAGGAGCGCCACGUGAGUGUGGAAGGAGGGAAGAACACGGCCGACCUGCUCUUCUCCAACAAUAAAGUUGGGGACUUCUCAGCCUGGGUGAAGACCCUGGAGUCCCUCCCUGGCCUUCUCACUUAUUCUUUGAGGCCGAUCCACACCUUGUUGAGGCAGGAUGACCCCAAGCGGAAGGCCCUGGGGCAGGCAGUGAGUGAGUACAUCGCUGCGAGGGCCCUCCAGAUGGAUUGCACUAAGAACUGCCCAGCAGGGACCCAGCGCAGCGCCCUCGACCCCUGCUCCUGCGUCUGUCCCGGAGACAGCUCCACCAACACCGUGUGCUGCUCGCAGCAACGGGGCCUGGCGACGCUGACGGUAACUGUGGAGCGGGCAAAUGGCCUGCGGGGCGACCCCAUCGGUGCUACUGAUGCCUACAUCAAGGUCUUCUUUGCAGGGAGGGAGAUCCGGACUGGCAUCAUCUGGAACAACAACAAUCCUGUUUGGAACAGACGCAUGGACUUCGGCACCAUCCGUGUCACCAUCGCCAGCCAGUUCCGUGUCGAGGUCUGGGACAAAGACAAGUGGAGGGAUGACCUGCUGGGGGCCUGCAACAUCCCACUGAAGUCUGGGGGGCCCCAUCGGAGGGAGUGCUACCUGAAACAUGGCCGCAUCUGGUUCCGUUACACUCUGCCCUGUGGGCCCCACCUUCGGGGCCCGAUCUGUUCUGAGUAUGUUCCCCAGCCCCCCCAGCACAGCAUAAUCAAAGGGAAGGAGCCCUUCUGGUGA